GUUUAGCUGUGGGAGCCUAAGAAGGACGGGAAAUCGAGGGAUCAAAGUCCACAAACGACUCCAUGGGAGCUGGGAUGAAGCAUGCGAGGGAGGAGGAGCCAACCGUGUCGCUAGCGCUGUCCCUCAGCACAGACUCGGCGUCUUCCGACUCGGGCGGCGGUGCGCUGGCCAAGCGCAGGAAGGGCGCCGUGGUGGCGACGUCGGGAGAGGGGGAGUUCGUGUGCAAGACAUGCGGCCGGGCCUUCGCAUCGUUCCACGCGCUGGGCGGGCACCGGACCAGCCAUCUCCGCGGCGGCCACGGGCUGGAGCUCGGCGUCGGCGUCGCCAGGGCAAUCAAGGAACGGAAGAAGCAGCGGCACGAAUGCCACAUCUGCGGGCUCGGGUUUGAGAUGGGCCAGGCGCUGGGGGGACACAUGAGGCGGCACCGCGAGGAGAUGGCACUUAGCGGCGCAAACGACCGGAGGGUUGCGGUGCUGCCGGAUCAGGAGGCGGGGCACCAGACCUCGGCCGCCGACGACCAGCCGCCGGUCUUGCUCGAGCUGUUUGUCUAGGCAGAGCUGGAAAGAAGGAAGAUACAUACGUUUUCUUUCCUUAUAUAAUGCGUGCGUGAAUAGACAUGUAAAUACUCAUAUAGGUUAUUGGCCGAUCUUGUAGUAAUUACUAAUUCAUAGCUAGUACUAGCUUGUUAGAGUUUCGGUUAUUGGAAUUUUGCUUGGUCUGCAUCGUUCAUUCAUUGGUCACUCGAAACAAAGAAUCGAUC